AUGUCUUGGUUCUGGGGUGGAGGUGGUGGUGGCAAAGGAAACCAGAGCGAUCCCGCCAAAGCGCUUGAUGAUGAUCUCAAGCAAUUUUUGAAAGACCAGCAACCCAAGCCAUAUUCUCCUGCCGAAGUAUCAAAGCCUGUCGCGGAAACUCCGAAGACUAAGGAAUCCCCGCCUUCCAUUGCCAGUCCAGCUCAGCCUCCCGAGGAUCGACCUCUCCCAAGGGAAUCUUUAUUCCAGGAUGGUCGUUAUAAAGAUCUCUGGAAGACCUAUGUUCCCCACGAACAAAGUGGGGGCUCAGCGGUGGAACGAGUCAUCGAGUCUAGGAAGGACAGGAGGCAGACGAUUCACAAGGCAGCUAUGGAAAAUUGUGCCUUUGAACAGCAAAUGCAACAAGAUUGCUUGAAUGGAGGUUCAUGGUCGCAAAAGAUCAGGGGAAGAAUGACCAUGUGUCAUGAGGAGAACAAAGCAUACAACCGUUGUUACUCGCUCCAGGCGAAAUUUCUGCAAGCCUUGGGUUACAUGGCCAGCACGACAAGCUCAGACGCACAGGAGGAGAGAAUUCAAAUGCAUGCGGAUAAGCUAUAUCACAGAAUGAUGGACUAUGAGGCUGAAGUUGACGAUGCCAGACGGAAUGGAAAGCCUAUUCCACCAUUGAUAUCUCUCUUCAACCCGAAUCGUACAGCGCCGACAGCUGAACAGCUGGAAUUACCAGAAACCAUCACUUCGAAAUUGAAGAAACCUUUGCAUGAGUAUGCUCCUCAUGAAAGAGAGUUGGCUGCCAAAGCAGCGCUUGAGGAAGCCAAGGUGGCAGACGCAUAUGCUGAGGAUCUAUUCAGCUACACUACGACGAUGAAUGAGGAACGCAAAGUCCGACAACAAUGGUUAACCAAUGCUUUUGGUGAAACUCUGGGGAAAUUUUUGAUACCGGAUCCCCCUAAAGAUGCCGCUAUCAAAUCGUACAGUAUUCCCGAAUUGGAAGAGAAAAUAUGGGAACAAGGGACAAGCCAGUCGUCCAAGAAAUAA